AUGGGAUUAAGUGAUGAAUCAUUGGUAACUAUUCGAUUUUCAACAUUAGCCAAAAUUGUGGCUUUCUGUCCUACUAUAGCUCUUGUAUUAUGUAUUUUAACCUCAAUGUUUUUACAUUGGGAAUUAGUAACAUCAACUCAUUGUAAUGUCUACAAUUUUCUUCCAUCUGUCUCAGCUGCUAUAGCUACUUAUAAUCCAGAAAAAUAUAUUUGGCGAUUUUUAAUUGCUAUUCAUAUAACUCCUCGUUAUAUUUUUGCAUUUGCUAAUAGAAAUCUUUUAAUUAAAUGUCCCUUGCGUCCUUCAUCACGAUUAUCGUUUUUCUCUGCAUUAUGUAAUUUAUCAUGUAUCCUAAAUAUCUUAGAAAUUACUUUUUUACUUCUUCUAACAACUAUCUCAUCAACAGAUGAUCAUUUUCUUCACAAAUGUUCUUUUAUUGGCUUUAUAACGACAGCUAUGAUUCAUAUGUAUUUAUCAACAUGGUUAUACAAUCAUUCUAAUCGCCGUCGUGUAACAAAUUUUGGAGAAAAAAUAUAUCAAAAAAAAGUGUUAUCCUCAAUAUUAUGUACAUUAUCAUUAUCCUUAGCAAUGUAUUUUUACUGGAGACAUAAUACUUAUUGUGAAGCUGGGAUUUAUACUUUAUUUGCUUUAUCAGAUAGAAGUAAAAAAAAAAAAAAUAACAAAAUGGUAUUUUUUGCCUGUGACAAUUGUGGUGAAUCGUUAAAAAAGAAUGCUGUUGAAAAACAUAUUUAUAGAUGCAAAAAUGCUACUUAUUCUUGUAUGGAUUGUCAAAAGUCCUUUGAUAAAUUUUCAUAUUCGUCUCAUUUAAAAUGUAUCUCAGAGGAAGAACGUUAUGGUGGAAAAAAUUAUGUCGUCAAAGAAAACAAAGGAGAAAAAAAACAAAAUGCUUGGUGUGAACAAGUUACCAAGGCAAUAGAAAAUGUGAAGGAGAAAGAUUUAAAGGAUAUACUUAAACAAGUUUCUAAAUUUGAUAAUAUUCCUAGGAAGGAAGCAAAAUUUCUUAAUUUUUUAAACAAUUCAUUAAAAAUUAAGAAUCGUGGAUUAUGUGAAAGAGCAUGGAAAGCUAUAGAGGUUGAAGCAAUAAAAAUGAGAGAAGAGGCAAUAGCAAAAUCGGAGGAAGCUAAAUUGAAGGCUAAAGAGGAAAAGGAAGCAAAAGAAAAGGCUAAAGAAGAAGAAAAUUGUAAAGAAGAUAUUCCUGAUGAGGAGGUAACAGAAAAGAAAUCUAAAAAAAAGAAUAAACGGGUAAUAAAAUAUUAUCCAUAUUCAAGAAAUUUUUUCUAUUAUUUUUUAAAUUACGUUUGGUAA